GCUAAUACAACAUUAAAUUUAACUAAAAAACAACCCAUCUAAAUCGACAACACACGAUCAGCAUUUUUCAAGGCUACUAAUAAUUUUGAUGUUCAUCUCCCUAAUAAAGUCAGAUACUUCAAAUUAUUUAAUGUUGAACAAACGUUAAAAUAAAUAUUUAAUUUGCUCUCCUGACUUCGAAAAACACUUGAUUUUUUAUACCUUUCAAGUACCUUCAAUGAAUAAAAGAAGAUUUUUGCGGACAUUUCAACUAGUCAUUGCUUAUCUAGUGAAUUAAAUUAUCUAUUAUGUAUACGCGUUUAAUAUUAUUUAUUCUAUUCAUUUGCGGUGAUUCUCAAAAAUUGUACGACAGUCGCUAUGACUAUUAUGAUACCGAUUAUUUAGUUGAAAAUCCGCGACUCCUCAAGAAAUAUAUCAAUUGCUUCCUCAACGAGGGACCCUGUACUCCACUUGGAAAAGACUUUAAAUUGGCAUUACCAGAAAUAGUCAGAACGGCUUGCUCACGAUGUUCGCCGUCACAAAAGAGGCUCGCACAGAAAACCUUCGAAGCCUUCAACCUGUACUUACACGAUGACUACAAUACACUGAAAAGUCGAUUGGACCCUGAGAACAGAUUUUUCGGGAACUUUUUAAAAACUAUAUCAAGAAAAUCAAGAUAAUAUUUAUUUAAAAUUUAUUAAUUAACUUGACUUGAUUAGGUGAGUUCUUUCUUCUCAGUCUGAUAAUGAGCUGACCCUGACUGUUCAG